CUUCGGCCAUGGAAAACAGAAAAUCACUCAAAAGAGAAAAGAUGCGAUGGAUUGGAGUAGGUCGGGGCGACGACAGCAGAUGAUUUCCUACCCUUUUAGGUACCGUUAGGCAGAGGGCUGAAGAAGUAGAAAAGACACACGGCGUAGAUACUUAUUGUGGUGGGAGAGUUUCAAUCGGCAGUUUUUGGGGUUCUCUUGAAGUGAGAGCAUAUCUCUAACUGGGAAGUUUAUCGAUAAAAUGUCGCUUGAAAAGCCGUUAAAGAAGUUAGCAUCCUGUGUUAUCCUUGAUUUGGAUGGAACCCUUCUUAACACAGAUGCGCUUGUAAGUGAGAUUUUGAAAGGCUUUUUGGGAAAGUAUGGAAAGCAAUGGGACGGGAGAGAAGUUCAUAAAAUGGCAGGAACAACGCCAUUUCAGGCUGCAGCUGCUGUUGUGGAAGAUUAUGAGCUUCCUUGCACUCCAAGUCAAUUUCUUUCAGAAAUUAACCCAUUUUUCUCUGAUAAGUGGUCCAACAUCAAAGCACUCCCUGGUGCCAAUCGUUUAAUUAAACAUUUCAGCAGUCAUGGGGUCCCAUUGGCGUUAGCUUCAAACUCUACAAGGUCAAACAUAGAAAGCAAAAUAUCUUCUCAUCAAGGGUGGAAGGAAUCCUUCUCUGUCAUCAUUGGUGGUGACGAAGUGGCAUCUGGGAAGCCAUCUCCUGAAAUAUUCCUUGAAGCAGCUAAAAGGCUAAAUGUUGAUCCUUCCAGCUGUCUAGUCAUUGAAGAUUCUAUACCAGGCAUUACGGCAGGUAAGGCUGCUGGAAUGGAAGUGGUUGCUGUGCCGUCCAUUCCUAAACAAUCCCAUCUUUACACGUUGGCAGAUGUGGUGAUCAAUUCUCUGCUUGAUUUGCAACCUGAAAAUUGGGGCCUGCCUCCAUUUCAAGACUGGAUAGAGGGUACCUUACCAAUAGAACCUUGGUACAUUGGUGGCCCUGUAAUAAAGGGAUAUGGCCGUGGCUCAAAGGUACUAGGAAUUCCUACAGCAAAUCUAUCCACUGAAGGUUAUUCAGCCCUCCUUUCAGAACACCCCUCUGGGGUAUACUUUGGUUGGGCUGGACUAUCAACCAGAGGUGUUUUUAAAAUGGUUAUGAGUAUCGGUUGGAACCCAUACUUUGACAACACGGAAAAGACUAUAGAGCCAUGGUUGCUGCAUGAUUUUGCUGAAGAUUUCUACGGUGAGGAAUUACAUCUCGUCGUCAUUGGUUACAUACGACCUGAGGCCAAUUUUCCAUCCCUCGAGGGCCUGAUAGCUAAGAUUCACGAGGACAGGAGGGUUGCAGAGGCAGCUCUUGAUCUUCCACCGUAUUCAGCUUAUCGGGAGGAUCCAUAUUUGAAAAUAUCAGUCAAGAAAGACAGUCAUUUAUAAAUUUCAUAUCACCAACUUCAGUCAUUGGCCAGGUUGGUAAUGAAGUUGUUGUUUACCCUUUCAUUUUAAGGAAAUGCUUGUAACCGUGAUAUUCUUGCUUUCCGAUGAGCUUGUAAGCAAGCUCACCAACACAAAUGGGUCUGAGCCGUCAGAUAUAGUGCGGCGGGAAGACACAAACGUCCCAAUAUAUUGUUUAUUUCAACUCAAGCAUGAGAAGCAAUAAGGGAAAAUAAUCAUUUAAUA